CCCUGCCUGAGUUUUCAGUUGAGUACGCCAGGGCAGCACGGCUGUAUUAUAUAACUUUCAUGUACUCACGGGUUUAAUGGCGCAAGAGCAGAAUAUCGCGGCGCAUAUCUGUGGAAUCACUGCGGAAUUACCCUGAAAUCGCGAGCGAGUAGGCGAUCAAUCACUUUUUUUUUUUUUUUUUUCUCAUACUGGCGACGUACGUCAAAAGUUAUCGACAGAUCGGGCAAGCAGGCGCGCACACACGGUGGAUCUCGACUGCGCCAACCAGGUCAGCGACGCUGUUGACUUUAGUUCUAAAACAGUUGAAAUUGCGGACGAUGUUUUCCUGCCGCAAGGGGAGAGAGGCGGCGACAAACCCAGCUGACAUUUCACCGCGCAACAUUGCUGCAAGGACCGGGUUUUAAUCGAGACCUUUGACUGUGUGUGUGUGUGUGUGUGUGUGUGUGUGUGGACGUCGCGUUAUUUCACUUAUGUUUUCCAACUUGGACUGACGGGAGAUGACCUAACUGGAAGAGCGCAUCCUCUCACUACAGAAAUGGAUCAGGGUGGACUGAAGCGCAACGGUAAUCGAGACGACAGCCUGACAUUUGGAGAGACGGGAGACGGAGAAUGCAGAGAUACAGGUGACACAGCUGGUUCACUGCUCCAGUCUGCAACGCACCCACCUGGCCAGGGGUCUCUGCCCCAGCCCACAGUGGCCCGAAAUGUAGGGUGUGGAACCAAAGACCAAGGGGAGCUAGGAGGCCUCUUUGACUCCCCUCAGCAUCGUGUCCUGUUUGAGGGGUCAGACAUGAAGGAGGGUAAAAUCAUUAGAGUGCCGAAACAACACCAGGAUAUUGGCGGAUUCAACAUGGAGGGCGACUUGCCGUUGCUGAAACACGGUAUUUCCGAUCUGGACCGGAGGGCCACCUCUGUCAUAAGCGCCUCAGUCUCCUCCAUCCUGGGCAACCUCCCUCUGCCAGACCUUUUCCCCCAGCACAUCAAGCAGGAGGCUAAUUUGUCUCAGGAUAAAGACCCGGAAACUUAUAGCGGACGCACAGGCGUGGGUCCCUGUGAUUUGGAUGGCAACAGCAGUCGCCAAAUCGAGGAUAUCGAAAUUUGGCAAGACCUGGACCUUCCUAAUUCCAUGCCAGAGAUCAGCGAUUUUGAUUUUGAUUCGGAAGUGGCACACUUGGAUAACAUCCUACAUGACAGCAGGGGUGGAGGUGGCGGGGGUGCUGUCAGCGGCUUGCUAAAGGAAACAAAGCCCGUCAUGGGUAAUGGAGUGAACUUUACCAGUGUGAAUGGCUCGGAUCAGCAGCACCAGCCCAUACACCAGCAGCACCACCUUCUCCAGCAGCAGCAGCUUCACCAUCAACAGCAGCCCGCAUCAAUUCUCUCCAGCGUUAUGAUCAAGGAAGAGAAGGAUCCGGACGACUCUUUCAUCCACAUCCGUACUCCUGGUGUUGUCAAACAGGAGAAGCAGGAGAGCGCUGGUUUCUGCCAGGCGCAGUGUCUCCAGAGCAGCAGGAGCUCUCUCCAUGUAGGUGGUGGCACCAUGCCUUCAUCUAUGAGCGUAGGAGCAGGAUCUAGCUACCACUACAGAGCCAACCCGUCCUCCACAGUGGGCCUACAAGACCAGGAUCUUUUUGGCUUGUACCCAAACCUGCCUCUGGUGGGGGAGAGCUGGGCCAGGGGGAACCGUUUUGGAGAGUCAUCCGGGCUACAGAGGGGCGACGAUGGGCUCCCCUCUGCUGCAGCCCUGUCAGCGUUUUCUGUCGGCUUCUCCAGCUCAUCACCGAGAGCGGGAGAGACUGUCGGUUCCGUGGUGCCAGGCCAAUCCAAGCCCAGCGGACAGACGCACAAGAUCUGUCUGGUGUGUUCGGACGAGGCCUCAGGAUGCCACUAUGGGGUUGUAACCUGCGGCAGCUGCAAGGUGUUCUUCAAGAGGGCCGUCGAAGGAUGGAGAGCACGACAAAACACAGAUGGUCAGCACAACUACCUGUGUGCAGGGAGAAAUGACUGCAUCAUUGACAAGAUCCGCAGGAAGAACUGUCCAGCCUGCCGAUUCAGGAAAUGUCUUAAAGCCGGAAUGAACUUGGAAGCGAGGAAAAACAAGAAGCUGACCAAGCUGAAAGUUCCCACCAUGCCUGUCCCAGUCAUCCCCAGGCCCAUGCCCCAACUCGUGCCCACGAUGCUGUCUGUGCUCAAGGCCAUCGAGCCGGAGGUCAUCUACUCGGGCUAUGACAGCACUCUGCCCGACACCUCCUCGCGGCUCAUGACCACUCUCAACAGGCUCGGGGGACAGCAGGUCAUCUCUGCAGUCAAGUGGGCAAAGUCACUGCCAGGUUUCCGCAACCUGCACCUGGAUGACCAGAUGACAUUGCUGCAGUGCUCCUGGCUGUUCCUCAUGUCCUUCAGUCUUGGUUGGAGGUCUUAUGAGCAGUGCAACGGUAGCAUGCUCUGCUUCGCCCCUGAUCUCGUCAUCAACAAAGAGCGUAUGAAGCUGCCCUUCAUGACCGACCAGUGUGAGCAGAUGCUUACAAUCUGUAAUGAGUUCGUCAGACUGCAGGUGUCCUAUGACGAGUACCUGUGCAUGAAGGUCCUGUUGCUGCUCAGCACAGUACCAAAAGAUGGACUGAAAAGCCAGGCGGUGUUUGACGAGAUCAGGAUGACGUACAUCAAGGAACUGGGAAAAGCCAUUGUCAAGAGAGAGGAGAACGCUAGUCAGAACUGGCAGCGUUUCUACCAGCUAACAAAGCUACUGGACUCCAUGCAGGAGAUGGUCGAGGGUCUUCUCCAGAUCUGUUUCUACACGUUUGUGAAUAAAACCCUCAGUGUGGAAUUCCCAGAGAUGCUGGCAGAGAUCAUCACCAACCAGUUACCAAAAUUCAAAGACGGGAGCGUCAAGCCUCUGCUGUUUCAUCAGAAAUGACUGCCUUAAACUGUGAAGCAAUGCCUUAAAUCCUGCCCUGCCCUUGUACCUUUCCGGGGCCCCAAGCUUUUGCCCCAAGCCCUAAGCCUUUGCCUGUUCGCCUCCCCAUCACGAGGAUGCAAUUGCUUCGUUUUCUCCGGGCCCCCUUUAGGAAUCGGCCACACCCCCCUCCAGGCCUCAGCCAUUCAGCCUAAUUUUGGAGCACAAUACCUCUUCAUGCCUCCCAAUCUGGCACCAGGUUGGGCCAAACUAGGGUAGGACAUCCAACCUCCGACCUGUUGCCCUUUUUCUUGGCGAACCAAGAAGAAGUUGUCCUCCAGGGGAAACAUGUAGGCUCUGAAUGUCUUGUGGACAGGAUGCAUUUUUGCGGGAUCUAUUUUUUAAAUUUAUUUUUCCAACGCCCCCUCACCCUUUCCUCCGUCCAGGGUCUCUGUCCUCAGGUUUCUGAUGCUGUUUAUUUUGUUGGCCGCCGGCCUCCAGUGUUUUAUUGCUGUUUUACUGACGAGCUUACACCUAGAAACACCUUUUCCACCCCUAAUAUACUGUCCAACUCGCCGGUUUAGUAGCUUAUUGAAGCUCCCGCCAAGCUCGAGCCUACUGUUCCUCUGCUCACCUACCCAGCUCGUCUCCGUUUGCCCUUCCCAUCUCUACUGCGCAGAGAGUGUAGUGAGUGUUUGCUUUAUUGUGGUUUCCAUAGGACGGUUAGCAAUGAAGAGGGGAUAAACGAAAACACAGGAAAAUUUGAAACAUGACAUGAGAGAAUCAUUUUUUUCUUUUUCUUCUGGACCCAAGGACAAUGAGGACUGUUUUCAGCUGAAAUGAUGUGAAUCAGAUUUAUAUACAUGACCAAUGUAAGAAAAACAACAGCGAGGGGAAUAUCCAUGUAUUUUAUGCAGACGCGCUUUUCUGACCACACAUGCAAAAGUCACGCUUGCACACAAACAUUGAAAGUAUUCACGGACACAUUCACUCAAUGAAAUGUUUACACAGGGAUUCUGACAAGGGAAAAACAGUGCCUUUUAGCUUUUAAAGCUCUUCAUAGCCAUCCUCUCUAAACUGUGUUUCUUUUUUUUUUUAUAUAUGAAUCUUAACCUUGACAAACAUUUUUUCUAUUUUUGUUUUUCCAU